AUGUCGAUCCCAGUGCAAGGCCGUGUCACCUUGAAGGACAACCAGGCAUUGGUAGUGUUGAAUGUCGCCACCAACAACAACCAAGCGGAGGAGAGGCCAAGGUCCGACUUGGAAGCGCUGCUGAACAGAGCUUUGCGACAGGAGGUGCCGGUACACCCAACCCGGCUCCCACUCCUCCGCAAACACCUGGCGGCGAUGGUCUGCAACGUCCAGAAGGGGCUCCACUUGGACCCCGUGGGCUUGCACGGUGCUUGGAAUGCAGCUGCAGAACAAAGGCUGCUGGAGUGCUUGACAAAGCCAAAGAGGGUGGUCCUUCAACUUGAAGAUGGCAAGGUGUCCGAUUCCUCGUCUACUUCGGAUUCCUCCUAUUCGGAUUCCUCCUCUUCUACGUCCUCGGAGGAAGAGGCGAUGCCGGAGUAUGUUCCCAACCCAUCCUUGCCGCCGCCUCCAGAGUAUCCUUCUGACGAUGAGUACGGUAUGCCAAACCCUUCCUUGGGCCCACAGUCUGAAGUCCUCACGGAUGACGAGUACCUGGCGCCCCCAGCUCCAGCCGCCCCCUGCGAAGAGAGCCAUGAACGUCCAGCCAAGUGCCAGCGGUGCCAGGAACGGGAAGAAGAGUUUUGGUCUUUGGCUGAAUCCCACCAGCUCAUUGCAGAAUUGUUAGAGGCAGCUGAACAGGAGAAUGCUCGGUUGCGGGCCCAGAGGUGA